CCAACGCCCCCACCAGCCUAACACGCGUGCGUCACUCUGUUGAUCAAACAACGCUGUCGGCAACUUGCGCCGUCACACGCUGGUCGCACACGCACGCGAGCGCGCUGCCUCUACUCCGAGCUCGGCGGGACUAUGACGGGCGGCUUCGACCAGCAGCAGUUGCGGAACUUCCACGCCGCCGCCUCUUCCUCUUCUUUCCAUGGCAUGCACCCGCUGCACCAGCAGGAGCAGCAGCAGCACCUGCAGCAGCAGCGGCAGCAGCAGCAACAGCAGCUACAGCCCGAGAGCGCAGCGACUACGGGCGCUGGAUUUUACGCAUCAGCGCCGUACGCCGCUUACCAGCCAUCCCCAGCCGCCUUCUACGGACCGCCACCUCCGCAGGGCCAGCCGGCAAUCUACAGCGAAGGGAGCUACUUGAACCAUAGCCACCACCACCACCAACACCACCAGCAGCAGCAGCAGCAGCAGCACGCGCACCAUCAUCAGCAGCAGCAGCAGCACCAACAACAACAGCAACAACAGCAGCAGCAGCUGAGUGCGUAUUACGCGGCUGCCGAAGCACUGGAUGCACCCUAUGACGCCAAGGAGCACAACGACUACCCCGGGUAUAACUCGACUGCCGGAGAUGCGCAAGACGGCAAAGCUUUUGACAGAGAUAAGGACGACUCCGAGCCGGAGGCGCGCCUCGUGAACGGCAAGCCCAAGAAAGUGCGCAAGCCCCGAACGAUCUACUCGAGUUUCCAGCUCGCAGCCCUGCAGAGGCGCUUCGAAAGGACUCAGUACCUCGCCCUGCCCGAGCGAGCCGAGCUUGCGGCCUCUCUGGGACUCACCCAGACACAGGUCAAGAUCUGGUUCCAAAACCGGCGCUCCAAGUUCAAGCGCCUCGUCAAGAGCGGCGAACUCGGCUCGGAGCACAGCCCCGGAGCCAGCGACUCCAUGACCUGCGACUCGCCUCCCUCGCCGGCCCCCUGGCCCGACGCGAUCCCGCACGGAGCCCCCGCUCCACCGGGACACCCAACCGGGGGUCUCCAGGCCCCGUCGACGACGCUCCUCGGCCUGCGCACCCCGUCGCCGACGCGCGCGCACCACGACGCGCCGCUGAUGCAAGUCCACGUGGCGCCGUCGUCGACUCCGACGACAUCUUCCACGUCGUCGUUGUCGUCAUCGUCGUCGUCAUCGUCGUCAGUCGUCGUCGUCCUCUUCGUCGACGUACCAGCCGUGGUACCGGCCGCCCCACGACUCGAGCUUUGCUCCUCCGUACCUUCGACUGUCGUCGUCGCGGCCAUGCAGCCCCUGUGCGGUGGAGCCGCAGUCAGCGCCGGGGUCAUUUAUUGAUCCGACACUGAUCGACGUCGAUGUCGAUGAUGAUGAUGGAUCAAUACCGAUCGAUGUUGAGCCAUUCUAAUCUUCAUCGGUAUCACUGUCAAGUGCCCUGUUCAGUACUACUACCGCAUCACUAUCAUCAAUUUAAACAGCCACGAUUACUCCGCUGCUGGAUGAAGAUAUCGCCAUCAAUCACGGUCCAUUGCUGCGACGGUGCAAGCAACAAUGCGUGCAUCUCCCGCGGCAGCACCUGCAACGCGGGUCGAUAUUCGUCACUCCGUCUCCUGCGACACCGCGCGUGCUAGUGGACGUUGACUGCCUGCCAAAACAGACGAUGCUCCAAGAAGAGGAAACGUAGAGAGAUCGCCCUCGUUACAAACAAAUCUUGAGGCCACAAUUUUUUUGCGAUGCAUGGGCCGAAAAUGCACGUCUCUUACGAAUUAAAAAAAAGGUCCUAAUAUGUCGUAAACACAGCGACUUCGUUGGCGAUUUCACCCAUGGUUGUGGUUACUGUGCACAGUAAACACUAGCAAACAAAAAACGGACGAGAAAAAAACACGAUAUCGUCAACAACGAGUAAUCGUCUUCCUAUACAUUCAAGUUGGUGUGUGUGUGUGUGUGAAUGUGCGUGAGUGCACCUAGCCUGGCACAACUGCUGUGGUGAUGUCAGUAUCACGGCAGCAGCUGUUGUUGAGUGCCUUAUCAAUGAAUAUAUAUCCUGUAUAUAUAUACACACAGAGGCCAGUAAUUAAAUAUAUUGUACAUAAAAUUUGCGACGGUUAUAAGGAAGGGUUAAUGACUAUAAGAUUAUAUCCAAGGGUAUAUAUAAAAACUACGAUCUCGUAUACACCAUUUGCGUGUGUGUGUGUAAUCGCGUAGUGUAACCUAUGUUGAUUGAUUAAUGUUCUCGAAGGCUCUAGAGAGUGUGCAGGAGACAAUGGCUCACACGUCUGUGGCGUGCGUGAGUGUGUAUCGAACUGUUGAUGUUGUUGGUGGUGCAUGUUUGGAAUGAAGUUAUUUUUUCAUAGCCGGUAGGGAGAAUCAAAGAUGCAAAUAUUUAUAAGCCAUUUGUUUAUCUUCGUUGUGUAACUGUUUUUUUUUCCACUCGUAAAAGCUUGCUGUGUGCCUACAAUCAAUGCCGUGAUUUCAUAGACACCACUUUUAACCAAGUUAAAUAAAUCAAAACCAACCUCUG